UUCUAUUUUCUUCUUCUUCUUCUUGCGUUGCCUCAAAUAUCACUUCGAGUGUAUUUGUGUACUUCCGGUUGCUGCGUUCAGGGUCCGGUCGGGAAAGCAGAGAGGACUUUGCACGUGGAAGUCCACGAACAGCGACCUUCACAACACGGGGAGCUCUUACUGUGUGUGUGUGUGUGUGUGUGUGUGUGUGUGAUUCUAAAGAGGGAACACCUGUCGCACCUGCAGACCCCUCACCUGCUGCUUCCGGGACUUCCGGUGUGAUCCUGGACCGGGUCUGGAGCAUGAGAGCGUGCUGACUCUUAUCGUGGAGUCCAGAUGGAGCUCGCGCUUCUCGUCCUCGUUGCGGCGUGCCUGCGUUGCCGGGCGGACUUCGUGGCGCCCCCCCAGCCCUCCACCUCCCAGCGCUCCUUCUCCGAGAGAGCGACGCGGCUGCCCUGCCUCUACCGGGUGGAGGAGGGGGAGCAGGUGGUGCAGGUCACCUGGACCAAGGAGCUGCCGGGCGGAGCCAAGGACCAGGUCAUCACCGCCCACUACCUGGACGGACACACAGAGUUCGGGCGCUACGCCGGCCGCGUGAGGUUCGAGAGCAGCCGGCCCACGGAGAACUCGGCGCUGCUCAUCCUGAGCACCGAGGAGUCGGACGGCGGCCGCUACACCUGCCACAUCUCCACCUUCCCCAACGGGAACUUUGAGAGACGCAUCACGCUCACCGUCUGGGUGCUGCCCAUCUCCUCCCUGGACCCCGUGGUUCUGGUGGAGGGCGAGUCGUUCCGCGUGGCGGCCUCCUGCCGGGCCGUGGGCCGGCCGCCCCCCCGCCUGUCGUGGGACACGGAGCUGCCGGGCCGGAGCCAGAACCGGUCCAAGGAGGGCGGGUCGGUCUCCAGCCACUUCUCCCUGCACCCGCUGCGCGGCAUGAACGGCCAGCAGCUGGACUGCCUGGUGUGGCACCCGGGCCUGGAGCGGCCCCGCCGGAUCCACAACCGCCUGGUGGUGCAGUACCCCCCGGACGCCGUCAUCUCCGCUGGUUCCGGCGACUGGUUUGUUGGUUUGGAGAACGCAGAGCUGGAGUGCAGCGGAGGAGGAUCCCCCAAGCCUCAGAACAUCACCUGGACCCGGAGAGGAGCAGCGUUGCCCGACGGCUCCUCGGUGGCCGGCGGGACGCUGGUGUUCGGCCGCGCCCUCCGCGCCAACGACAGCGGCGUCUACGAGUGCGUGGCGAGGAACCCCGUGGGGGCGGGAACCAGCGAGUACCUGAUGACGGUGAAAGAGAGCCCUCGCCGGACGGGCGGCGUGGACAACCUGCUGCUCGUCCUCCUCGGCGCCGCGGCCGGCGCGCUGGUCCUGGUGCUGCUGCUGGUCGUCCUGCUGCUCAACCGACACCACCGGCACCAGAACAAACGGCUGGAGAUGGAGCUCAGCGAGAAAACGGAGGAAAUCCAGAGCUUCUCCAGACAAGCUUCCUUCAGGAGGCUGAACUCUGUGAGCACCGACCCCAGAGUGCAGCGUGAAGACGAGUCUCUGAUGCGGGUCGACAGCCGGAUGAGGAGCAGCCAGAUGUCUCUGGAGCGCCCCGUCUCCACCCUGAGUGGGAGGUGGGGUCCCCGGGCCGAGGUGGACGAGCUGGGCCGGCCCGCGGUCUGGCACGACGGCAGAGAGAGCCUGAGGGGGGCGGAGCUAGAGGAGCGCCGCCGGAGGGUCGAGUCGUACCUGAAGAGCAGCAACAUGUCGCUGGCCCAGCAGGACCAGGGCGUCGGGCCCAGAGAGGGAGACCCCCCACAGGGAGAGGACUGGGCUCCGCCCCCCCCGCCGCCGCCAGCCGAGGAACACGAGGAGGAGGAGGAAGAGGAGGGCGGCUCCUCCUACCAGCUGUCGGAGGCGCUCACCAAUCACUUCUACUACAGCAAUGGCGUCCUCAGACCGCGGCCGCACUCCAACGCCAUCCUGCUGCACCCCCGGGGGCAGAUCAUCUAGCCCCCGGAGCCCCGCCCCCUUCCUCACCUGCAGAGGCCUCCAGCCACACGGGGAGCUUUUGAUUCCUCACGUCGUGUACAUAAACUCUUCCUCCCCUGAGCGGGUCAGGGUUCAAGGUUCACUCGGUCGUCGUCAUGGGAACAGUCCGUGUGACGUCGUCACGGCGUUCAGCGAGGAGCUUCAGGAGACGCCGAGGGAACCGUGUGAUGGAAUGAUUCAGUGUACAGCUGUGGAUCACAAGUGUGUGAGAGACUGUGUGUGUACGCAUGAGGAAGAGCUAUGAGGAGCUACUGCUGUGAUUGAUCUACGAGAAAGGUCAAAGGUCACCUGACCUGACUGCUUCAGACCACAUGAAACGGACAGCUGUGUGUGUGACACUGUGUUUGUGUGUAAAUUGUUUAUAUUAAUUCAGUGUUUUUUCUAUUGAACUAUGGAAGUAAAAAAAAAAAACCCUGCCGUGUAAAUAUUGAAAUGUUUAUUCAUAAAGUAAAGUCAAACAAAA